AGUGAUCACCUCAAGGCUUGCUCCCAGCCAGAGUCAGUGGCCCAUGGGGACAGCAUGGUGAAGAGGACAUGAUAUAAAAAAGGGUGGAGGGGCCAGCCAGCACAGACAGAAAGUAGCAGCUUUCAUUAACUACGAUUAAAUAGUCAACGGAGCAUAUACAGCAUUUAUCUCUGAGCUGUAAUAUUGAGCCUACACCGAUACCAUGGCACUGCUGAAUUACUGGAUAUGUUUGGUUGCCGUAUUAUUGACUGUGACCACGGGCCGAGCUUUAAGAAGAGUCACCCUGAAGAAGCUGCCGUCCAUCAGAGAGACUCUGUGGGAGAUGGGUAUCUCUGCAGAGCAGGUGUUGACUGAGUUGACCCAGAAGAGCACAGUAGACAGCGACAACAACGGGACUGUUCCCACACCUCUAACCAACUACUUGGACACACAAUACUUUGGGGAAAUCAGUAUCGGCUCUCCGGCCCAGCUGUUCAACGUAGUAUUUGACACAGGCUCAGCCAACCUGUGGGUGCCAUCACACAGCUGCUCGCCUUUCUCCACUGCAUGUUUUACUCACAACCAGUACGAUGCCUCUAAGUCCUGGACCUAUGUUGAGAAUGGAACCGGAUUUUCCAUCCAGUAUGCCGCAGGGAAUAUCAAGGGAUUCCUGAGCGAAGACGUGGUUGUGGUCGGAGGGAUUCCUGUGGUGCAGGUGUUUGCUGAGGCCACCUCUCUGUCUGCCAUGCCCUUCAUCUUCGCCAAGUUUGACGGAGUCCUGGGGAUGGGUUACCCCAACACGGCCAUCGAUGGCAUCACGCCUGUGUUUGAUCGCAUCAUGUCUCAGCAUGUCCUAAAGGAGGAGGUCUUCUCUGUCUACUACAGCAGGGACCCAAAACACUCCCCCGGUGGAGAGCUGGUCCUCGGCGGCACAGACCCAGACUACUACACAGGAAACUUCAACUACAUGCACACGAGGGAGAUGGGCAAAUGGGAAAUCACCAUGAAAGGUGUGUCUGUGGGGACGGAGAUGAAGUUUUGUGCAGAGGGCUGCACAGCUGUAAUCGACACUGGAUCCUCCUACAUAACGGGCCCGGCCUCCUCUGUGUCUGUGCUGAUGAAAACCAUCGGAGCACAGCUGGAUGAAAGUGGGUACAAAAUCGACUGCGACAUUGUAAAGACGCUGCCCAGUGUCACUUUCCACCUGGGAGGUCAGGAGUACUCACUCACUCAGGAGGAUUACAUCUUGUGGCAAUCACAGAUAGAGGGGGAUGUCUGCACCGUCACAUUCAGGGGCCUGGAUGUGCCGCCCCCUACAGGUCCCAUCUGGAUCCUGGGGGCCAACUUCAUUGCCCGCUACUACACUGAGUUUGACCGUCACAACAAUCGGAUAGGCUUUGCUACCGCAGUCUGACAGGAAGUUAAUUAUAAGUAGUGCCUGUUUUUCUUCUCCCCAAUUUUUGCUGCUAUCUCCCGAUGUUUUAUUAUUACUUCCAGUUCUCUCUUCCUCUGCAUUGCCAUAAUCAAAAUAAAUCUGUUUUAUGAAAAUGGAAAAGCGUGCUCACAAAGGAAAUCAUUAUCCUCACAUUACUUGCAAGCCCUGCUCUCCUUCUACACAGUCAUUUGUACCAGUUGCACUGAACACCUUCUGUCUUUAUUUAUAAGCGUUUAACCAGCAAAUGUGUGUGAAUCUGCUGAUUGUCAACACACAGCGAAGGUAGAAAUGCAUAUCUGUAUUGUACUGACGUGACAAGAAUAAACUUGUUUACUGGGAUCUCAAACCAAUUCA